GUCAAGUGAGUUGCCAAUGGUUUAGUGGGAAUGAGAUGAAAAUAAUAGUGCCUUUGCAAGGAGUUGUUCAAGGAACAGGGGGUCUUUUUUGGGGUUCAGUUAUUCCUUGCGCUCUUUUCUACUUUCUUCAGCUUUAUUUUAAGACACGUAACCGCCAAUCUCCUCCUUCUAACAACCUUCCGCCUCCGGAGCUUCCCGCCUUGUCACGCACUCUCUCACCUCGGAUCAGAGGUUCAACCGCCUCCGCUAAUAUUUCGGGUCGGGUCAAUUCCAUAAUCACAACAAACUCUCCUUAUUACGUAGGUUUAAACAAAGUCGCAGAUAAUCCUUAUCAUCGGAUUCAUAAUCCUGAUGGUGUUAUUCAGCUUGGUUUAGCCCAAAACACCCUAUGUGUGGAUUUGAUUGAAGAAUGGAUUCGUCACAAUGGAAGCGCUGCUAUAUUAGGGACACCAUCAAAUUGUGGUUGCCUCAGUAUCACUGACCUUGCUACUUACCAUGGAUUCAUGGACUUCAAAGUGGUUGUGGCUGGUUUCAUGUCUCAAGUUUUGGAAAAACCAGUUUUUUUCAACCCAUCACAUAUGGUGCUAACUGCAGGUGCUAUCCCUGCCAUUGAAAUUCUAAGCUUCUGCCUAGCAGAUAAUGGAAAUGCAUUCCUUGUUCCCACGCCUCAUAGUCCUGGCUUUGAUGAGGCUGUAAAAUGGCGAUCUGGGGUGGAUAUAGUAUAUGUUUCAUGUCGCAGCGCUGAUGACUUCAACAUAAGCAUAACUGCACUUGACCAAGCUUUCAACCAAGCGAAGAAACGCAGUCAAAAAGUUCGUGGAGUUAUAAUAUCAAACCCUUCGAACCCUGCUGGAAAAUUAUUAAAUCGAGAAACACUGCUUGAUCUUCUGGACUUCGCCAGAGAGAAGAACAUUCAUAUAAUCUCUAAUGAAAUAUUUGGAGGCUCUGCUUAUAGAAACGAAGAGUUUGUGAGCAUGGCAGAAAUCAUGGAAGCGGAAGAUCAUGAUCGGGGCAGAGUUCAUAUAGUGUUUGAUUUGGCAAAUGAGCUAUAUGUUCCAAGUUUUAAUGUAGGAGUUAUAUACUCCCACAAUGAGAAUGUUGUGGAUGCCUCCAAAAAAAUGGCACAAUUCUCAACUGUUUCUGCUCCAACUCAGCAAUUGCUUAUUACCAUGAUUUCAGAUACAAGGUUUAUUCAAGAACUCAUAAAGACUAACAAGUUGAGGCUGCAAAAAAUGUAUAAUGCAUUAGUGGAAGGAUUAGAGCAUUUGGGAAUUGAGUGCACUAGAAGCAGUGGCGGCUUCUGCUGCUGGGCUGACAUGAGUAGAUUCAUCCGUUCUUACAGUGAAAAGGGGGAACUGGAGCUCUGGGACAGAUUGCUGAAUGUAGCUAAGAUCAAUGUUACUCCGGGAUCCUCUUGUCACUGUAUUGAACCUGGAUGGUUCCGUUUCUGUUUUACUACAUUAUCUGAAAAUGAUAUUCCUGUAGUAGUGGAACGGAUCGGGAGAAUUUUCAAGACUACAAGUUGAUGUGGCAUCAAUUAUUUCUGCAAAUUUCAUUGGUUUAUUGAUUCUUUAUUCUUGUGAUUUAUUUGACAUCACUCAGAGGAAUAAUCACCUGUUUAUUUGUUUUGUAUAUUGCUCAAGAGGACGGGUAUGUUGAAAGUUGAUCAAGUUAAGCAGUAUGUGCAUAAAUCCAGAGUACAUUCAUGAA